AUGGGUACUGCCAUUGAUCCGGUCCUGAUGAGCUCGGUUUGCAAUGUCAUGAUGGCCUUUAUAACGCUCUGUGCUCAGUGUGUGAAGCUUCUCGAGAAGGGCAAGGCUUACCAAUACUUCAAAGAAGGAAAAUGGAUUUUGUCGAAUCAGAAUCCCAUCAGAGAAGGUCUCGAUAAGCUCAAAGCCCUUUCCGAGCAGAAAGAACAUGUUCAGCAGAUGAUCAUGAUGAAGGAAAUCCUAAAUUCGAGCGACAAGAUCGACAUCGUGGAUGGUAAAAUCGAUGGAAUUUCCGAGUACGUCAGCAAGCGCUCUGAUGAAGUCGCCCGCCAGGAUGAUCUGAGUAGAAUCAAUAAAGAUUUGCGUAUAACUUCGGAGGAUGGGGUAUUGAUGGGUCAUCGUGUGUAUACGGAGACCCUUCGCAUGGCGAAAGACAAAACAUGCCAGUUCCUCGAGUCGACGUCUUAUAUGAACUGGGCGCUCAACAAGGAUGAAGGUGUACCACCAUUGCUUGUGGUCACUGGGGAAGCAGGAACAGGAAAGAGUGUCUUGUCAGCCUCAAUCUUUCUGGACGUCAAGGAGAAAGAAAUGUUCGCCGCCUAUUAUUCCUUUCCCUCGAUGCCAAAAAGUCGCAAAUACCACCAGCAACCGCUGGAGGACUGUGUCAAAGCCACAGGACUACAAUUGGCAGAGCAAAAUCCAGACUACCGACGGCGCUUGUUGCACUUUCUGAAUACCGAGGAAGGAAGGGCCAAGGGGACUGGCUAUAAGGGCCUACUGGACUCCCUGAACAUUUGGCAGGCUCCAGAUAAGAUGAUCUGUUAUCUCAUUCUGGAUGGCCUGGAUAACCUGGCCGAGCAGGAGUGUAAGGAUUUCAUGAAUCAUCUCAUCACCAACCAAAUUCCCUCUAAAAGGAACUCCUUGCGCAUCUGUGUCACGGGGUCAAGGAAACUAUUGCGCGCGUACUCAAAGCAGAAAGAUUGUCUGCAAUCUGAGGAGAUGGAAUGCUACAAUCAAAGAGUAAUUGCUGAUUACACUGCAAAGUUCUUGGAAAAGAAAGACUUGUUGCAGGAAGACUUUCUGGACUUUGCUGACCUUAGAAAGUCGAUAUGCGAGGCAGUAACGAAGAACGCCCGUGGUAGCUUCCACAAAGUGCAGAAAUGGCUUGACAGGAUUGAGAAUCUGGUUCAAUCAGAUAGCAGAGAUGAACUCAUUCGCUUUCUCAAUGCGUUGAGCCGGGGAGGGUCGGACCUUGCCAAAUCUGAGCUGCAAGAUCUCGAAAGAAUACUUGACUGGAAGGAGAUUGCGGAACUGAAUGAGUUGAUUAUUUGGUGCGAAUUCAGCAUGUCCAAGGAUGUGCUUCUCGACAUUGACCAACUCGAAGCCUUGUUGUUCAUUCGCUCGAAUUCACCGCCGUUAAGUUCUCUACGAAAGAAAAUACGGGAUAGGUUUUCUUUGAUCUUGGAGGAGAGAGAUGAUGGAGUUCGACUUCGCGACGAGAUGAGGCAAUGGGUAAUCCUGGAUCAGAACAAGGACCAGCAAUCAGCCAUUUCGGCUACAAUAUCCCUCCAAAACACAAGCAUCGAAGUAGCCCAGCGGUUCUUCUGGGAUCUGGCCAAUCAUUCAUUGAUGAAUCGGUUUAACUUUGAUGCCUACCAGAUGGACAUGGCGAAGCCUUCGAUUCAUCGCAUUCGAGUCACGGAACUGAACGCGCAUUUGGUAAUCGUGAAACGCACCUUCGAAUUUCUCAGAAAAGCACCUGAUCCUCUUUCGAGGCCAAUUGGGGGAAUUCUAUUGAGAGAGCUUCCGGCUCAUUUAGCAGUCCUGCAGGAACCCUCUCAGCUUGAACAACUCAAGGAUACCGAUCGACGAACCAUAGGUGAAAAUGUCCAAGAACUAUUUCUAAGUCCAAUAAGCCUUGAAAGACAUUGGGAUGUUCUGCAACAGACAAGAUGGCACACGUCCUCAGAUACCAUAGACUCAUUCUGGAAAUGGCUGUCGGACGACGCUGCAAUCAAACAUCCGAUCAUUUGGGACAAGAUCAGAGAGGUUUGGAAUAACCCGAAACGGAACCAGAAGCUCUUUGAGUCACUAGCGAGGUUGGCUGGUCACAAAUGGCUCCAGGACCGAUCACCCAGUUCCACCACGGCGUCCUUUGAAUGGCUCAGGGCUUUUCUCAAUAUGGAUGCAGAAAUCGAUUAUACAAGCCAAAAUUCAGACUUUAGCUCCGAAGGGGAUGACCAUAGUUUCAGAUCCGACGAUAGCAUCAAAGAUGAUUACGUUACAAAGGCUGAGAAAUGGUGCGAGAGGGUACUGGGACCAAGCCGCAUGCGCGAACAAGAUGUUUGGGUCCAACGGCUAGCCGAAACAUAUGAGUAUGCCAAUAGUUACAAGAAAGCUUUCAAGAAAUAUCAGGAGACCAGUAAGCUACUAGAGCGGAUGGGGGAUAUUGAUCGGGAACGACAUGGGAAAGUGUUGGUUCGUCUAGCGUCACUGGCCGGGGACGAGGACGAAGCUUUGCAAUACCUCAAGCAAGCCCUGGGGCUGAGCGCCAGCAAUAUCAACGCCAGAUAUGCACUAUUCAAGAGUUUGUGGUCUCGCAACUGCGGAGAGGAGCUGAGCGACCUGGUUCUCGAAACACUAAAGCUCAGAACGGCUUCAGGGCCCAUGGGACAUCUGGGUCUAGUGAUUAAGAUGGCCUUCGAAGAUAAUGACUAUGAUGACACUCAGGUGAUGAAUCUGCCGUGCAUCAUUAGCUCUAUAUGCUCCUCCUCUGCCGAUAACUUCGCUUCACUACUGGAAAACAUGCAGAUAGCAAUCGAAAAUGCCAAGACACAGGAUCAGGUCAAAACGUGGGCCACCUUACUUUGGCAUAAAGGGAUCGCACUCGCAUACUAUUCCGAAACCCCUUCUCAUGCUGAUCAGGCGGUCAUAGCGUGGACAGAAUGCGCUGAGCUCAUUAUGAAGAGGCUCAAGCACCAGUCUGCUGGUGCAAUUCUACUGGACAAAGUUGGGCAGCAGCUGGGCUGUCAUUACUUCACACAGACAUUGAAAGACCCUGAUAACGCUGAAACAUAUUCUCGGAAAUUGGAGGAAGUAUACCAGAACCAAAGGGGUAUUGUUCAUGGCAUGUCUGCUGCGAAGACAUACUUGGCGGCAGACUUGAUCCGGCGUGGAAAACAACCGGAUGCCGAAGCGCUCUUCCAGGCAAACAUCAGAGAGGCAUUUGGCUUACUAUCUGAUGACACAACUGGUAAUGACAUGGACGGUUUUUGCCUUCUGUUUUCAAUAUUCCUUCAUACGGGUGACCGAGUCAAUGCCCUUCAUGCCUAUUCGCUUAUAGCUCGUCGUGUCUUAGACGCCGAAAUUUUGAAAGAGUGGCUACAGUCUGAUGAGAAAACUACAACACCGGAAGCUGCCGAGCUCAGGGAGUACUUCCAAGAAGUCUGCAACGAACCGACCAAUGUAUGGUACAAGGUCAUAGAACUUGUGGAAUUCUUGUGGCAAAGCCAACGCAAGUUGAUGAACGAGACCCUCUGGAGUGAUGAUGACGCAGCCAAAAUGACUUCCUAUGGGGCGCUAUUUGAAUCCAUGGAAAGAUAUGAGAAGGCGCUCCAUGACGCUAGCAGUGAUUAUACAUGUGACGGGUGUGACUGCUUCCUAGAGACAAGCACGAACAUGUAUUCAUGCAAGGCUUGCUAUAAUUUUCAACUAUGUGAGUCGUGUUUCCAGCGCUUCCAACACGGGGCGCUCAAACUACCUCUCUGCCACAUCGAGCAUGAUUAUGUGCGGAUCCCACCCUGGGAUGCUAAGGCCCAUGUUCGCGCAUUUCGGCGCAGAGUCCUUAUGGACGCUACUGUUGCAGAUGAUGGGUAUCUGGUUGGGGGCCGAGAAGUCCCGGUUGUGGAGUGGUUAAAUUGCUUGAAAGCGAAAUGGGAUCCCCAGGGGGAUUGGGAAUUCCGGUAA